AUGAACUCUUUCAUUCAGGAGCUGCGCAACCUCAGCAGCACCAGCAGCGCCAGCAGCAACAGUAGCUUCGAUUCGGGCCUAUCUCUAGGUGGGGACUCCAACGGCGGUAGUGGCCGGGCCACUACCACCAAUCAACAACAACAGCAACAGCAGCAACAACAACAGCAGAACAUCAUCUGGGGCAACAAGUCACUCUGGGGCCAACCACCCCCGAGCCCAUCGCCAGCAGCAAAGUCUUCGUCCACAGCUGAAUCAACGAACAACAGUAUGUACGCAAGCAAAGAUUCUUCGUCCUCAUCCCCGUGGAAUCCGCCGGCCAUUAGUCCGCCGAUCUCCCAGUCCCAAUCUCCCAACUUUCCGCAAAGUAUUUGGGAAAAUUCAGGUACGAACACAACUGACUCGACGACUCCCUCGCUGGGCUCAAUCUGGAUGAUUCCGGAGGCACCGUCCUCCCGUAGCGUUUGGAGUGACCCCGCACCGGUGGUCACUCCGGCCAAGUCCAGCAACUCUCAGCUACUGCGACCGGCCGAAAUAGGCUGCGCUACCAGCAACGGUAGCAAGCUAAGCUCCCUCUGGGCACCGAACGCAGCCUCCGGUGGUCGGACGUCGUCACCGUCGCCCUCGCUGGCUGCGUCCGGGAAUGUUUUGAAAUCUCUCCGAUUAGCUGGCACAGUGGGAGCCGGUGGGGCAGGCCCGAGCUCCAGCUUCGGCGGCUUGGGUGGCUUGAUUAUGGCGCCCGCUACUGCUGCUGGUGCUCCUGGCGGAGCUACCGGAUCGGCGAGCUCCUCCGGCACCGUCGGUUCCACACUGCAGCUAUUCUCGGACGAGUUUCUCAGUUAUCUAAAUAUCAACAAUUAG